AUGCGUAGGGUCCAGAUUUUCUCAAUGGGCGCGGACGCGCAAGGUGCGUGCGCGCGCCAAUUCAAAAAUCGGGAUAACCCUAGCUCGCGAAGCACACUGCGCAGUCGCGCACCCCACCCCCAACCUCCAUCUUCUUCUUCUCCUCACCCCAACUGUCAUCACAGCAGCAACACCGGCCGCCGCCGCGCCAUCUUCACCGCCGGCGACUCGCCCUCCCUCAUCAUCACCUUCUCUUCCCCCUCUCACCACCACCCAUUCUCUCUCUCUCUCACUCCUCUCUUCCUCCUCCCGGCCGAACUCCCACCGCGCCACCGUCUCCGCCUUCGCGCAGCCAUCACCGCCUUCCCCUCUCUUUCUUCCCUUCUCUCUUACUCCUCUGACCUCCUCGCUCUCUCACCAUCGCCGUCCCUUCCCCCCCAGUUUCUCGAACCACCGCGCCACCGUUCAUGGCGGUGCCAAUCUGUCUCCGCUGCCCUUGCCCUAUCGAUGUCGGAUAAAGAUGACAGGGAGAUUACUAUCCCCUGGGGUGUUUGGGUGCACGAGAAGCCACCUGCUAGCCGCCGCUCUCGGGCUAGGACUGUCAUAGGGACACCUUCACCACCAGCCCCUGCAGCUGGCCCAUCAUCUUCUACAGCCGCAGCUCCUUCACCAUCUACAGACCCUCCAGCAGCACCCGAGCCUACCUAUCUCCUGGUCCAGCGUCUCUUCCGGUUCUUAGAGCGAGAGCGACACCAUGUCAGACGCCGUUUGGAUCGGAUGGACCAGGCCCUUAUCUCUCUGGGCGCCGAGCUACCUCCGCUUCCCGAUUCUCCGGCCUCCGAUGAGCAGGAUCAUCAGGAGGAGGACGCGGAGGCACCAGCUCAGCAGGAUGCCCCUGACACUACAGAGCCAGCACACAUGGCGGCACCACCUCAGACACAGGAGACUCAGCCGGUCCCACAGCCACAGUCAGAGCCAGAGCCUAUCGUUGUACCUCCCACUGAUCCUCCGGUUUAG